AUGUUAAGUUUUAGAAUUAAGAUUAAUGUUAUAAGGUUCGUAUUUUAUGCUACGUUUCUUCUAUGCCUUUCGUCGUUUGGUAACAAUUCGAUUUGCAUUAGUGCUAAAACUAACAAGAACAGGAAGCAAGGAAAAACGACACCACCACCACCGGUGGUGGUGGUUAAAAACCAGAAAAGUGGCGGUGGUGGAACUAUUAACGCCAGUAUCAACGCUAUUUCCACUGCCGGAGGUACCUUUAAUGUACUGAAAUACGGUGCUAAAGGUGACGGAAUUGCUGACGACACAAAUGCAUUUGGAGGAGCAUGGGCAGAUGCUUGCAAAGUGCAAGGCUCGAUAAUGUUGGUUCCGUCAGGGUCCGUUUUUCUGGUCAAGCCAAUCUCCUUUUCGGGGCCUAAUUGCAUGUCGAAUAUCGUAUUUCAGCUGGAAGGGAAAAUAAUUGCUCCAACAAAUUCUGGAGCUUGGGGAUCAGGGCUAUUACAAUGGCUAGAAUUCACUAAGCUGAAAGGAAUAACAAUUAGAGGUAAGGGAAUAAUCGACGGCCAGGGAUCCAUCUGGUGGAAGUUGACUACAAAUUCAGCCGUUGAAUCGGAAUCAUCGUAUCUUCCAAACUCGGUAAUCAAUUAAUUAAUUAAUCACCCUUAUAUGCUAUAUUAUUUUUCCAAAUCGAAACUGAUAAGUAAGAAAUGAUAUUCGUGGCAGAUAAAUACCGAAGCGAAUGGAGGAAUGCCGAGCACCAAACCAACAGCACUUCGAUUUUACGGAAGCACAGAUGUUACAGUCACAGGCAUAACAAUACAAAACAGCCCACAAACACACCUUAAAUUCGACGGUUGCACUGGCGUACAAGUAUCUGGCGUUAGCAUUUCAUCGCCUGGAAAUAGCCCAAACACGGACGGCAUCCAUCUCCAAAACUCCCAAAAUGUUGUUAUCCAGGCCACCACUCUUGCUUGUGGAGACGAUUGCAUUUCGAUACAAACAGGCUGCUCCAAUAUUUACGUGCGCAACGUGAACUGUGGGCCCGGUCAUGGUAUAAGCAUCGGUGGAUUGGGAAAAGACGGAACUAAAGCCUGCGUUUCGAAUGUUACUGUUCGUGACUCGAUUAUCCAAAACACAUUGAAUGGUAUCCGAAUCAAAUCUUGGCAGGGUGGUUCAGGAUCGGUGAAAGGGGUACUGUUCGUAAAUAUUCAAGUCUCCGAAGUGGAAAAUCCAAUAAUAAUCGACCAAUACUAUUGCGACGGGCAUAAUAAUUGUCCGAACAAGACAUCGGCGGUUGCGAUCAGCGGCGUAUCUUAUCAAUCCAUAAAGGGAACAUACACAGCUAAUCCUGUUCACUUGGCAUGCAGUGAUUCAAUCCCAUGCGCAGGGAUAACUUUAUCCACCAUAGCCCUUAAUCCGUCAACCAAAGGAGUUAAAAACAACAACAAUAAUCCUUACUGUUGGAGGGCAUUUGGGGAAAUCCAAACAGCUACUACUCCUCCUGUUAGUUGUUUGCAAAAAGGGGGGCCACCUAAUAAUAAACGGCCAGAUGCUAUUAGUGGUUAUGUUUGCUGACGUAAUAA